CUCAAUAUUUUUUUUCCCUUCAACAUCCUCAGGAAUUCCAUGAAUAAUUAUAUUGUUUCUUCUCAUUCUGUUUUCCAUGUCAUCUAUUUUCGCCUUUAGCAUACGCACUUCCUCUGAUUCGACCAUAUCCAUUUUUACAGAUUCUAUUUCGUGCUUGUUUUCUUCGACAGAUUUUUUCUAAUUCUUGGACACCGUCUUCUAAUAACGAACACUGCAUUUUAGUUUUACUUACAGUUUUCUCUAUGGUAUCCAUUCUUUUUUCAAAGCAAUUGAGUUUAGUUUCAAUUGUGUCCAAUUUCUGUAGCUGCACAGUUAUGUUCUCAAGCUGCUUAUGAAUAGCAAUUAGCGUUUGGUCAGCUCUCCCGCCGUCGCAAUUCUCAACACCAACUGAACCACCUGUCUCAGCCUGGCUAGAACUAACUGCACUUGUUUUCCCUUUUCCCGUAGAUUUUUCCAUAUUUUUCUGAUCAACCUUGCUUCUUGUUUUCAUCAUAAUACAUUUAAUGUGAGUACUAUAAUGUGUUUAGCGUUGAUUUUGUAAUGUAAGGAAUAAUUUGAAAGAAAAUGUGGAGCUCAAAUCAAACGUUACUACCUAACACGACGCAUGCUCACAAUUCUGUUUCUGAAACUCCUUUUAUGUUAUUUGCUUUAUUUAUUAAAAAUUUAUUUCAUGGGUAUACUACUCUACUCUCAAAUAUAAAACAUGAACAAUAAAGCCACCUCUGGAAUUUAGGCAAAGAACAGAUUAACAGCAUGACAACCAGAUACUUCUCCCCUUAGAAGUAUCACCCCUCACAAACGUGCCCCAUGAACAUACAAAGUCACCCCUUGCAAAGUUCCCCCUGCAAAGUAUCCUCCUGACAAAGUCACGCCCUAACAUACUCUCAUCCUAUCAAACGUGCAAGUUUAUAAGGGGAGAGUUUUUAAGUGGAAAGUUGUAAGGGCCGACUUUGCUAGUAGGCGAGUGUACUGGUGUCCUAAUGAAAUGUUUUUUACACAUGCAUUUUAAGAAUGCAGUUAUACUUUUCCUUUGAGGGAAGAGGUACUGUUUCAUGCUGUAUAUCUGCUGUAAUCUGUGUUGUUUUUAACUAAUUCAUUUUGAAAUAUUGUUAAGAUAUUGUAGCAAAAAAGGGUACUAUUUUAAAUUUCUUGUAAGACCAUAUUCUUCAGUUGCAGAUUCAGGAUUUUGAAGUAGAGGGACCCAAGGACAGACUUUCACAGAUCGAGGGUCUAUAUUAUAACCUCAGUCCCACCAUGGUCAGGGCUAAUGUAAAUAAAUUUGUAAUUAGGGUACCACCAAAUUACCGGAAAUGGUGGUACUCUGAGACUUAAAUUUUAAUAUAAUUUUCCUUUUUUUUCAGCAUUUAAAAAAAAAUAAUUUACAAAAAAUGUUUGGGGGGUGGGAGUCCCAGGAGUAGCGGCAGUUUGGCGCAGCGGUUGCGGUUCGGGCUUUCAAUCGUAAGGUCUGGGUUUCGAGUCUCCGCUGUGCAGAAUCGCUUGUGUCCUUGGGCAAGGCACUUUAGCUACAUUGCUUCAGUCCACCCAGCUGUAUCAAUGGGUACUAGCAAACUGCUGGGGACUAACAUGCGAGGGACUAGUGUCCUGUCCAGGGGGAGUACAACUCUAUUCCGCUUCACACUACAGAAACCGGGGAUAAGCUUCAGCCCUAUGAGCCCUAGUGGCUCGGAAAGGAUUUAGUUUAUUUUAGUUUAGGGAGUCCCAGGCUAGCAGGGCCCACUUGAAUCCGCCACUGUUCUUUGUUUCAAUUAAUACCUUCUUUAUUUUUCAGUCAAAGGGAGAAUGCAGUAAUGAGCACUUCAGGUCAGAGGUUCAUUGAGAUAUCAUUCUGUUCUUAUCCAAAUGAGGUGGACUUUGUUGAGUUCAGGCAUUGCAAAUUACCUGCUAAUUUGCAGCAACCAAAUGAUAACAUGGAGAAACAAACAACCAUAGAGUUUUGCAAAUAGUAUGGGAGCCACGGUUGGUGUUCCCGAGGAAUCUCCUGUCCAUAUUCACACAAUCCUGAUGUCAUCCUAGACAAUGCGCAUUUAAACCAACGAAAAAUGAAGCGUAAACGAAACCGAAAAAGAAAACAUAGUGGAAAUGAAAAAGACAUUGAUGACAAAAAUACAGAAGAUUCAGUGUUAAAUAGUGACAAUAAACAUUGCCAAGAACAUGAAAUAAAUGAAGAAACAAAUGAAAUGGAGUGUGAAGAAAAGGAGAUAAAUGCGUGCUUAAUGCAUAUUGAGGCAGGUAGUAAACAAGAACUAAAUACUGCUACUGAGAUUAAAGAGCGAUCUUUGGACAAGAGCAAUUCAAAUAGAUAUAUGGCAGAAGGGAAGCACAGAGCAGGAUUUGAUGCUUUUAUGACCGGGUUUUCGUUUGCAACUUUUUUAGGAAAAUAUGGAGCCUGGAAAGAAACUGAGGUAAUGAAUAAUCAAAUGAGUUUAGGGUCGCGCUUCCAAGUGGAAGACCUUACAAAUCGAUUGUACUUAAGUGGUAAAUCUGUGCCGUUGUUGGUAGAAAAAAGUCAUUUUUCUAAAACAUCUAGCCAUCACAGAGAGAAGUUUCAGAAGACUUGUCCACCAACAUUCAAGCAUGUAACGCAAGUAGUUCUGGAAUCUGUGGGAUUGAGUUGAUUGCUGAUACGGUGAAGUUUGGCAUUAUGGCAGACUGUAGCAUUCAGUGGUGGUAAUAUGGAACACAAUACAAAUUGCAUUAUUUAUCGGUAUUUCUUGGAUAAGAAAAUAGACACAUUUAUAUUUACAUGAAUG